AAAGUGAAUUAUCGAUUGGUUCCUCUUCUGGGUCAUCAUUAUUCAGAAUUCUGUCAGUUGAAAUCUGUUGCGCUAUUUAUUUAUUGUUGAGCGCAAAUCAACAUUGAAAUCAACUUCUUUUGCUCGAUUGAUUGUUGUGAUUUAAAAGAAAGAAUCAUGUCGGUGGAAGCAUUCCGUAAAAGAAUUAUGUACAGGCAUUACAAGCCCAAUGCGCUCUUCGAGGGCUGGAUAAAGGAACUGCUCGUUGAAGCGGUAGAGAAGAAAAGUAAAUUGGAACCUAUGCUCAGAGAGGCUUUUGAAUCGUUAAGAAAAUAUCCAUUGCCAUUAAAAUCUGGCUCGGAUUGUGCCAUAUUAAAAGGAUUCCAUAAAAAGCUUUGCAAAUUUUUAGACCAUCGGUUCUCCAUUUAUGAAAAUAUAAUUUUGGAGGAGGCGCGUUCGCAUGGACUAAAUGAAGAUGAUGCCCAUCAUAAUGAAGAAGGAAAUGAAAUAUGCGAACGCAGAUUAAGCACUUCUGAAAGGACCCAAGCUGAGCCUCACCCAUUCAACCGCCUGAACCCGCUGAUCCCUGGACAACGUAUGGCUCAGCAAUAUGUUCACUUCUAUUUUCGUAAUUUGGUCCCCACCCCCUACAUUCAAAAUUCAGCUAGAGCGAAAAGAACUGGACCUGGGACACAUAGAACAGGUCCCAGCACAUCAAAUGCAGCCCAAAAUUCGACAUCUAAACCCCCCUACCGAAGCGGCGCCUAUGCGAUCCUCCUUACGCUGUUAAAACAUGCCCGGGGUAGUGAUGUGCGGUCACUACCCAAAAAACAAAUCAUAGAGUUUGCCCAACAGUAUUCUGAUGAGUCAUUCACGGUUGUAAAACCUGGCACACAUAACACGGCCUGGUGUAACAUGACCAGAUUGGUCAAGAGAGGCCUGGUCAGCACGAUCAGGAAGAAAAAAAUGGAGUAUACAUUAACCGAUACAGGAAAAGAUGUGGCUAUAGAUCUCCUAAUAGAAGAUACUGAACGGCCAAAUUCGAUUGGGGACUCAGGUGCUAGGGUUCCUGCCUUCGCAGCAGUUAAUGAGCCAAUCAGCUUUGAACCAGGCUCAUAUGAUGUCGUCCUACUGAUUGACAAAAAUGAAACAGGCGGUGCAACUAGGAAAAACGAGCCAGCAGUUGCGUUGUUCAGUAGAUAUCCACGUCUGAAACAUGAAUAUAGGAGCCUGAAAGUAGGAGACUUCGCAUGGAUCGCGCGCCACCACGUCACCAAGCAGGAGUUGGUGCUGCCAUACAUUGUGGAGAGGAAACGAUACGACGAUUUCGCUGCGAGCAUCAAGGAUGGAAGGUUUCAUGAGCAGAAGUUCCGACUCCACAAAUGUGGCUUAUCCAACGUAUUCUAUAUGGUAGAAAGCUACGGAAGGAACAAGAAUCUGGGAAUGCCAUUGCAGACCCUCAAACAGGCAGUGGCAAACACACGAGUGCAGGACGGCUUUAAGACAAUUUUCUCCGAUUCAUUGAGUCAUUCCGUCAGGUUGAUGGCACUGUUGACAAUCAAGCUCACUGCUGAAUACAGGGAGGAGCAACUAGCUGGCCGCAACGGCGCUCCGCGUGGCGACGAGUUAAUGACAUUCGAAUAUUUCACCAAGGUGUCGUCCAAGAACAAGUCGCUUACCGUCACCGAACUGUUCAUAAAGCAACUGCUGCAACUGAAGGGCUUGUCGGUUGAAAAGGCAUUGGCUAUCACUAAGAGGUACCCAACACCAAUGUUGCUUCUCGAUGAAUAUAAGAAGCAUGAUACAGAGGGGGGGUUAAUGCUGUUGGCCUACUUGAAAUAUGGCGAUAUGGGCCGCAACGUGGGCCCGCAAGUCAGCAGGACAAUCUACCAGCUGUUCUCUGACGAAAGCAUAUAAGGCACUAUCAUGUUUUUGAUGUGAUUUUUGGACUGAUCUCAGUCUUGGGAACACCUAUUGGUCUUCGCCAAGAAAUAUGUUAAUGGUGUACAUGCCAUAGCGGAUAUGCUGUACCAUAUCUAUGUUCCCAAGGAAUUUGCAAUGAUUUUUUACGGGUUAAAACUACUAAGUAUUUCAAAACAACCUUCGGGUUUGUUUCCCCCAUUGUUGUUUUAAGGUUCAAUUUGUAAGCAGGAUAACCUAAAAAAUCCUUAAAAAACAUUUUUGCUCAUAUUUAUUAUCAUAUCAUAUGUAUAACUAGAAGUAUGACGCCCUAGUGGCAAGACGACUGAUAAUAGGAAUGUAUUUAAGCCGUCGACAAUUUAUAAGGGAUGUUGGGCGCUAAAAUCUUCAAUGGCCAAAUUAUGUCGAACCAAAGAAUAGUGUAAGAUCUAGACAGUAUGUAUAGUAUGAAAGUAUGCCUGCUGGUUAGGCUGGUACUUUUAACAAGCGUGAAGCAAAGUCGUUCCUUGCUUCUUGAAGUGGUACAGUCUUACUUAUAAAAAAAUCGCAAAGCUAUGCUUAGUUAAAACACAAAUUUACUCGAUCAGCUGUAAGUCAAAACCCGCCAUCUUGUCUCUUAAUAAGAUUUAAACUAGGAAACCGUUGAUGUUUUUGACAGCCUUUAAUGCUAAAACAAGUUUAUUAGUAAGACAGUAAAUUUCCAUCAUAGGACCAUCAUUUUUUGCCCUCUCCUGAUUAAGAUUGAAUAGCGCCCUAAUUAUAAUUUUGCGAACCUUUUAUGUGUGAUGUCGCGUAUUCCAUAGAGGCCCUAUAUUUGCCAUCUUGACGUCGGUUAAUAUGCCGCCUGAUUAGAUGUAUGAACGCGACUAUUUAUUUUAAACCUAUUUAUUGUAGUUAUUAAUAAAUGUUAGAAGUUAAAUCAUGUCAUAAUAUAUUUAAUAUGGUGUCGUGGGUAGGGGCAUUUCAUUAUUGAAUACAUAUAUUUGGUAUAAAGGGCAUUCCUUGUAAAAGAGGAAAAUCACGAAAUUAUGCAACUAAUAAAAAAUAUUCUAUCUUAUUUAUUAAUAAACAAUAGUUAAUUCUAUAUUUUAAUAAAUUCUUUUAAAUCAUGUUUGAAAAUAUUGUUACUGUUUUUUCUACAAAAACGUGUAACUGAUGGAUUCACAAAUUAAUAAUUAUAUUCGAAUCGGAUUCCAUUACGGCGUCAAGUACAGGAUUUGUUUACUGUACUUAACUAAAAUUAGUGAUUUAUAUUUUUUCCAUAAGAUGAGAGAUCUCUACUUUAAAUCUCAAAGCAAUGUAUUGAUAAUUUCUACACUAUAGAUUUUUUACCUUUAAAACAUUUUUCUGAUAUGCUUUGGAAAUUAAAAAAAAGCUAGCUUAGAGGUUUACAAAAUACAUUUCAUGACAAAGAAAAUGAUUUCAGAAAGAAAUUUCACAUAGACUGCAGAAAGAUAAAAAAUUGAAAUUUUUUUGUCUCGCACCAGUCACAUUUAUUCAAGUCAUUUUGUUUAUUGAUUAAUAGAUUGUUUGAAUGUAUCUAAAAAUAAAUACAGUUAAACAGUCUUAUAUCUACUGUUUUGAGUAGUUUAUCAUUAUCAAUAAGUUCUGUGGACACAGUUACAACUCAAGAUUGAGCAAUUUCUUUCCUACCAGUUGCAACGGAAUGCAACAUAAAAUUUAAUUAUUGGAUAUUCAUAUACUUGAUACACAAAGUUUGUCUAAAAAAAAAUAUAUAUUAUAACCGGUUCGGGUUGAUUUUGGUAAAAUUACUACUGACUACAGCUAUUUUAUAUAUUUUUUUAAAAUUUAAACUGUGAUGACCCUAGCUGCGACAUGUUUAAUAUUAAGAUUACUUACCCGACAAAUAGUGACUGAUCAGGGCAGAUUUCAGUUACACAACUGCAUCUGAUAAAGUCGGAUAUAAACACUCUCUGAUAUUUAUUCUAUAGAGAGUAUAAUUUUAAUUAUAAUCAUGUAAUAUAUUAAGAAUAUAUUAUUCUAUCAUAAUUGUUAGGUGAAGUAAGAUUGUGGUACUAAUAUUUGGAAUGUGGUUGGCGUCAAGGCCGAUGGCGUAAUGGGUUCAGAGAACGCAUGAAAUAACGAGCUUAGUGCACACGUACAGGGUCGUAUUUAGGAAUAUCGGACCCUAGACUGAUAGUAUGGUGGGUAAUUUUUCAUGUCCGACCGAAUUUUGCUUUUUUUAAUAAAAAAAAUUAGAUUGAUUUUAUCCUGUAGUAUUUUAAUUGACUGUUCUAAUUCUGAAUUUUUUAACGGAUUUUUUGUCCAGAUUUUAUAAAGGCCGACACUUAAAUACGGCCCUGCAUUGGUACCAACCGAAAAUUAAUUUUGUUUGAGAGUUUAAUCAAGUUUACGAAGUGUAUGAUGCCAACAGUCAAAAUUAUUUUUAAAAUAAUAUUGAUGUUAGUUGUAAUUAAGGGUUGUCAUCUGUAAUCGAACCAUAGUAAAAAAAAUAAUUAUUUGAAUUGUAAAUUUUCAUGUACAUUGAAUUAUAAUGACAUGAUCAAAUUAAUCAAGUUAAUAUGUUGGCUCAGGUCUAUUUCACAAGGAGCAAAACAGUUUUCUUUUCAGUGUCUGUAAUUUCAUAAAGUAAAACCUUAACCACCGAUUUAAAAUGAAAUGAAUCUUAUAUCUAGGUUGAUAAGUCUCAGGCCUAUACAGAGGCAGUCUUAACAUUAAAAUGUAGCAUGAGCGUUUUUAAUUGAUUUGGCACCUUUUAUAUAACAGCCGGCAAUCGAAACAGUUUCAUUCCUCUCUAUUUGCUUUGUACAACUAUUAUUUUAAGUACCCAAAAACUUAGAAGCAAUGAAGUACCCAAUACGGCCUACAAAAAAUAUAUGUUUCAUUUUAGUUACAAGCUAGAAAUGGUUCAAAUAUGGAAAUAUACCUAUCGAUAAAAAUACAAAUGACAACCCUGCCCUAACUAUAAUAUUCAAUAAAUGUCCGUAGAUUUUCACACUGAUUUAGACCGGCUUUGUAGUAUUAGGUGUUUUAAUUUGGUUAUUGCUCGUGAUGAGCCAUCGAUUCUUUUUUUGUGAUAAUUUAUCGACUGUGCUAUUUACAAGGUGUCCCAAAAGAUUUUGUUUUGAUUGGAUACUUGUAAAGAUAUUUUUCAUAUUUGGUUAUCAAUUUAACAGCAUAUCUAAAAGAUAUGUUAGGCCUAGUGCCCACUGGCGGUAUUGCAUCACUACUCGCAAGCGCACAUACACGAUAAGUAAUAAUCAAUGUUUUUUAAUGAUUGCUACUGAAAUUUCAUCUAUAAUGAUAUAAUUUUAAUAUAUCAUUGCCUAAUCAUAGUCUAAAAAUCCCCCUGCAAGCCGUCCCGCUAGUGGGCGCUGGGCCCCAUGAGUUUAGUGCCAAAAUUCCAUACAAAUAUAUUUCAUGGAUUGGCAUCUAAGCAGUUUAUUUUAUUUAGUUUUAUUAUAUUGCCUUCAGUCAAAACACUAUCAAACUCGGUAACAUAUUGGCUUUAAAGUAUAUAAUUCUCAACUCUUAUGAAAUUGAGAGUAAUGAGAAAAUAUUUUGAAAAAAAAUAUUUGUUUGUUUUUGAUAAAAUUUACCGGCGUGUCUUCCAAAUUUUAAAACUUUUAGACUCCCUUUUGGGACACAAUGACGUGUUGUUUUUUUGCUUGCUGUGGUCUUAAAAGACUCGGCGAUUGUGAUUUAAGUAAGACUUAAGUUGAAUGUAUACUUCAUAGUGAAAAAGUCGGCUCAAAUAUUGUAUUUUAUUUUUGUUUUAUGAAGUUUUUAUUGGAUAGGUACUACAAUUGCAUUUAGGGACGUGGGCCGACUUUUUUGCGUAACAGUCUCAAUAUAUUUUUUACAAUUUAUAUAUAUUAAAACUGCUAUAUAUUUGUGUAAGAUGUAUCCCAACAUUGUCCAGCUUUUGUUCUUCGAAUUAUAUAUUUUUCUACUUUAAUUAUCGUCAAAGGUUUAAACAAUAACCUCCACUUUUGAGGUUCUCUCAGAGUUGUACAAAAAACCCCGUUAAAUAUUAAAGUUGUAGGUCAUCGCAUCAGGAAGUCAGUUGAAGUAAUGACAUUUUAACAUACUUGCAUUUCCAUAUUCAACAAAGAUACCUUAUUUUAUUGCAUUUCAAAUAGUGGCACUUUUGGGAUACCUCUUUUAUUUAACUAGAAGACUAUUGAUUGUGAUCUUUGCAGUAUUAUUCUGUUAGUUAAGUCACAUAGUACGUAUAGAGCACACUAGCAUUUUGAUGAAAAAUUCAGUGUUUGGAACCAGUCUAAAAAUUGGUACAUGAAGCCUAUAUAUUUCCCUUUUUAGUGAGUUAUUUGUUAUAUAGUAUUUCUGUACAUUGUAAAUGUAUGUCAGAUAGUUGUUCUAAAGUCUAAUGGCGUUAUAUUCGAAACAAAACAAAUAUUAUAUUAUUAUUGGAAAUAUAAAGUGUAGAAAAUUCUCAUAAUGGGGAUCCCAGAUAUGAAUCAGCUAUACUAAUGAUCAUACCAAUGAUAUUUUCUCAGAUAUCGAUCGUUUUUACAAAUAUUUAAAAUUGGUUUCAAGCUGCAAAGUUUUCAUCAAUAAAACUUCUGUCUGAUGUUAAACUAAGAUAGUGUGCUAUAUCUGUAUUGUAUGUCUAUAUGAAUAUAAAAAUAAAGGCAUUGGUGUAAUA